AUGGCAAGCCAGAAUGAUAUGAUAGCUAAAGAAAAUAAUGAUAUUUUAUUGAAAAAUGAUCCAAAUAAUAGAACACCCGCUCACGUGAAACAUGCACCAGUACUAUGCAGUAUUUCUCUUAAAGCCCAAGUCAAUUAUGAAAAAUUUCUCGACAUACUAAAGGACGAAUUUGAGAGAAAACGAGAAAGUAAAAUUACUAGACCUGAAACAUUAGAAAAUUUUGAAAUCCUGCAAAUGAUUGGCGAAGAAAGUGCUUCAGUUCGAAUCGAAGCGAUUAUCAAAUCAAAAACUAAAAAGCAAUUAUUAUCUGAGAAACGAUUAUUGCAAGCAUUUCAUUUUCCGUUUGUAAUAAAUUUGGAAUUCUGCUUUAAGGAUAAUAACUAUAUUUAUAUGGUUAUGCCGUUUAUGAUUGGUGGAGAUUUAUUUUCCCAGUUAAAAAGACUUGGCAGAUUCAACGAAAAUCAAGCAAAAUUUUAUGCAUCACAAAUAAUAUUAGCCUUAGAAUAUCUUCAUCACAUGGGUGUAAUACAUAGAGACCUUAAGCUGGAAAAUAUUCUGGUUGAUAAAAAUGGAUACCUAAAAUUAACUGAUUUUAGUUUCAGUAAAAUAACAGACGAUCGCACUGCAACUUUCUGUGGCACACCUGAAUACAUAGCUCCAGAAAUAAUCAUGGGAAAGACUUAUGGAAAGGCAGCAGAUUGGUGGUCUUUUGGCGUUUUGCUGUAUGAAAUGGUAUCAGGUCAUACACCCUUUUAUGCAAACGACACAAUGAAAUUAUAUGAGAAAAUUGUACAAGGCAAAUAUAAAUUUGAUGAACACAUUGGGAAUGAUAUCAAAGACCUCAUACGCAAUAUUCUGCAAACGGACCCUAGCAGGAGAUAUGGAAACUUGUACAGUGGUAUAUUAGAUUACAAACAUCAUAGAUGGUUUCUUGGCACAAAUUGGACUGCAAUGUUAAAUCGCAAAGUAGAAGCUCCUAUAAUACCCAAAGUAAAGGGACCAGGCGACACAAUCUAUUUCAAUAAAUACCAUGAAGUACCACUUAAAAUAUCACCAGAGAAUCAAUAUGAAAAGGAAUUUGAAGAUUUCUAA